CCGCUCCGGCCGCCGGACCCGCGCCGCGCCCCCGCGCCAUGGGUCGUGCGCUGCUGGUUCUCCUCUUGUCCGCAACGGUCUCUCUCCUAGGUGGGCUGAUAUUUGGAUACGAGCUGGGGAUUAUCUCUGGUGCACUGCUGCAGUUGCAAAUAGACUUUCACCUCAGCUGCUUCAAGCAAGAAGUUCUUGUGAGUGCCCUCCUCAUUGGAGCUCUCCUCGCCUCUCUGGUUGGGGGGAUCCUCAUUGACCGCCAUGGACGGAGGAGAGCGAUCCUGGUCAGCAACGUGGUUCUGUUGGUUGGCAGCCUUCUUCUCACACUGACACGGUCGUUUAUUGGGCUGGUCAUUGGGCGAAUGACUGUGGGCUUUGCCAUCUCUGUCUCAUCCAUGGCCUGUUGCAUCUAUGUCUCAGAAAUGGUGGCUGCUCAUCAGCGAGGGCUGCUGGUGUCUCUGUAUGAAGCAGGCAUCACCGUAGGCAUUUUGCUGUCCUAUGCACUCAAUUACAUCUUUGCAGACCUGGAUGAGGGGUGGAGGUACAUGUUUGGACUGGCCAUUGCACCCACAGCCAUGCAGUUCCUCAGCAUCCUCUUUCUCCCGGUCAACCCUGUUAAAUUAAGCUCGUGGGACUCAGACUCCCAGAAGGGUCUCAUUCAAUUGCAGGACACUGAGGACAGAGCAGCAGCCAGUCAGGAACCCUGUAAAGAGAAACAUUACUCAUUUCUUGACCUUUUCAGGACCAGAGACAACAUGAGAAGGCGAACUCUGGUGGGCCUGGGACUGGUGCUCUUCCAGCAGUUCACUGGGCAGCCCAAUGUGCUGGGCUAUGCUUCCAAAAUCUUCCACUCGGUGGGGUUCCAGAGCAACUCCUCAGCCAUCCUGGCCUCUGUUGGGCUGGGGGCCAUUAAGGUGGUGGCCACUCUAGUCGCCAUGGCCUUAGCAGACAAGGCUGGCAGGAGAGUGCUACUUCUGGCUGGCUGUGUGGUGAUGGCCAUCUCUGUCACCACCAUUGGCCUCACCAGCUGCAUUGCUCCACCAGCCAUGGCCAGGGACUGCAAAGCAACUACAGACCUCAAUGCAUCUCACAGCUUCACCCAGCACCCCCUGACACCCACAUCCUCCCAGCCUGCUGUGUCACCCAUCCCACCACAAGUAGGUGCUAUCAAAAGUCAGGCAGGCCCUGGUUUUGCUGCCACAAGGGGUCUUACAGACAUUUUUGCCACUACUCCAAGCAGAGAGCUUGUUCCUGAUUCCUCUGUCACACAGAAAAAGGACUUGGUAGGUCUGUCCAAAAAAGAGACAAUGGAAAGCACGGGCCCUCCUCUCAGUGAUGCUCCUUGGGCAGAACAUACGGUUUUAAAUCGGAUUACACUGCUGAGCAUGAUGGCUUUUGUGAGCGCCUUCUCAAUUGGAUUUGGACCAAUGACCUGGCUGGUCCUCAGUGAGAUCUACCCUGCUGGGAUAAGAGGAAGAGCCUUUGCCUUUUGUAACAGCUUUAACUGGGCUGCUAAUUUACUGAUCAGCCUCUCCUUCCUGGAUCUUAUUGAUGCCAUUGGUUUCUCUUGGAUGUUCCUUCUCUAUGGACUGAUGGGAAUGGUGGCUGUUAUAUUCGUUUACCUUUUUGUCCCAGAAACGAAAGGACAGUCCUUAGAGGAGAUAGACCAGCAGUUCUCCAGGAAACGGGUGUGGGAAGGAAACAUGUUUAAGCAGAGUGGAAGAAGAGGAAGCUGUACACAUGGCCAGUACCACAGAGUGCAGAACACCAGCAGCACGUGGACCCAAUGACAUACCCAUAGCAUGAGGAGAGGAGCAGACUGUGCCAUCAGGACAGGUCUUUUCCAUGGCCUUUGACUGGUGACAUCCACUCAGAGACAGCUCACCUGCAGUGCCUUCGAUCACAGGACAUGCCAAUAGCUGUCCUUUGGGUCCUUGGAGAGUCAUUGGUCCCAGGCAGUGAACAUGUCCUUCCUUUGACACCUCUUAUUUUUCAUGGUUUGUGUCUCCUAUCGUUUAAGAGAUUAAUGGUUUUGUAUAAAGGAAUUAAAGCACAACUUUUGCUGACA